AUGAAGAAGGCCAGCGAGAGAGAGAAGCGCGCGGCGAAGCUGUCGACGCUGGACGCCAAGCUCCUGUCCUUCAGCUACUCGGCGUCGGGGGUGUCCUGGAACCGCUUCUGCAACAUGUGGCUCCUGAAGAGCGGGUUCUCGCCGCGCGAGGUGGGCCUCAUGAAGUCGCUGUCGCUCGUGGGCAAGUUCGUCGCCCAGCCCGUGUGGGCGGGCACCGCGGACGCGGGCUCGCCGCCGGCGGUCCUCGCCGCGUCCGUCGCGGCGUCCGUGCUCACGCUCGAGGGUUUGCGCCUGGGCACGCGCGACGGCUACAACGCCCACGCCCUCGCGGCGGCGGCGGGCGGCGCGGCGCGGGCGGCGCCGCACCAGGCGCUCCGGACCGUCGCGUCGCUCCGGGUGCUGCGGUCGAUGGCGUCCGCGGCGUCGCCCGUCGCCGACUCCAUGGUGCUGGCGCUGGCGCGCGAGGGCGGCGAGGCCUGGGGCCGCCAGCGCUUCUGGGGCUCCGCGUCCUGGGGUCUGGGGUCCGUCGUCGUCGGGGCGCUCAUCGACCGCGUCGGUCUGGAGGCCGGACUCUUCGGCGUGUCGUACGUCGUGUCCUUCGCGCUGCUCCUCGUCCUCCUGGCGAGAUUGCGGCCGGCCUGGCCGCGGAAGAAGCCCGUCCCCGACGACGCGGGCGCCUGCUGCGGCGAGGGCGACGCCUUCGAGUCCGCGAGCGACGCGGACGACGCGCCGGCGCCCGCGGCGGAGACGAAGAAGCGCGCGCCGCGGAAUCUCGGCGCCGUCUGCUCCCGGGGCCUCGUGGCGCUGCGGCGGUCGCCGCCUUUGCGUUUAGCGCUGGCGAACGGCGUCGUCUUCGGGACCGGGGUCGUCGUCGUCGAUUCCAUCCUCUACAUGCAACUGGAGUCGGAGCUGGGGGUGUCGCGCACGGUCAACGGCCUCGCGACGGCCGCGGCGACGGCCUCGACCUUCCCCUUCUUCUGGCACUCGGCGGAGCUGCUGGGGGCCUACGGCCACUGGCGCGUGCUCUUCGCGGCGCAGUGCCUGCUGCCGAUCCGCCUGCUGCUCCACGCGUGCGUCACGGCCGACAACUUCACCUGGCUCCUGCUGCCCGUCCAGUGCCUGCACGGGCCCAUGUUCGCCGCCUGGCUCUCGGCGGCCGUGGAGCUCGUGGACGCGCUGGCGCCGCCGGAGCUGCGGGCGUCGUCGCAGUCGCUGCUGACCAUGGCCUACUUCACCGUGGGCGGCGCCGUCGGCCACCUGGUCUGGUCCGCGAUCUUCGAGGCGCGCGGCGGCGUCGCGACGUACCUGCUCGCGGCGGCCUUCUCCGCGGUGGCGACGGCGGUCUUCGCCCUCGCGGCCGCGCCCCUCAUGCGCGACGAGCGCCGCGCCGCGCGGAAGGCGGCCCUCGAGAGCCCGAGGACGCCGGGCGCCCUCGUCUACGACGACGACGUCGAGCGGGGCCUGCGCGCCGGCGCCGCAGCCUCGCGCGGCCGUCCGAGGAAGGACAGCACGCAGCCCUAA